ACUUGCUAAAUUUGUAUUUACUAUUUUUGUUUCAAAAUAAAUGGUUGAACUAGAAUGUAGACUAAAUGCAAGCUACAAAGGAAUACAGGCAAAAUAUCGCCUGCUACGUAUUGUAACGACCCUGGGUUUAUAAACCCGGAAAUCGAGUACGGCUUUUGCGGCACAGUCGAUAGCGCGCCGGACCUCGGGCUCGAAGGUCGAGGGUUCGAGACCUGCUCCCUGCUGUUUCAUUACAGUCUGUUAAUCUCUCGAAUCCGCGCUCAGUGUAUCCUUUCUGGUUACCCAAAUUCGAAUCCAGAAUGUUUCGUCCAUAGCUUCGUCCAUGUUCCAGUAGGUGGCGGUCUUUUUCGUCGUCGAUGUGGUUGCUAUGACGAAGAGAAGCGUUACAGAACAUUCCGGAGUAACUUUUAAUGUUAUGCAGCUAGACUACAAAUAUAUUUGCAAGGUUGCAAGUCGUAUUUAUAUUUCAAAAGUUAGAAUGACUUAUUAUGCUCCAAGUUCAGCUUUGGAAUCAAUUUAUUACGACGUAUUGAUGUAAAAACAUAAUGAAUGUACUGCCAAACCAUCUUGUCAAGUCACUGAAGGAAGAUUUCAAGAAAUUGGAUUACAGCAAGUGGGAGAGAUGCAACAGGAGCAAGACAGAGCCCCCUCCCUGGGUGAUUCUGCCCCCACUGCACAACAAGACUACUGGCUCACCAAGCGAGCGUUAUCCAGCGACAGGGAGAGAGGAGAGUGGGACCUCCUCUGCCACCCAUAAUUUUUUUCCAACAACCAACAAGCCAGGGAAGUCUCACCCCAACACUGGCCAUGAAGAGUCCACUGCGUCAUCUAUGGGACGACUCUCUCGACGGAGGAGGAACGAAAGAGUGAAGCUGGACCCCAUCACUUUGAAGAAACAAGAAAAUAUCAAAACACUGAACUUGCUGAUUAUGUCGAGGAAGAAGGCCCUAGUGGAGCUGGAGAAGCACUGUGCAUUGCUGCAGGAGAGCAACGUCCGUAUGGCCGGGGAGAUAGACAGCACAGACAGACAGUCAGUGUCCAGUGCCAGGGAAUUCCUCAUCCGGCAUGACAAAUUAGGGAGUUCUAUAGCUGCAUUCAACAGCUGGAGCCACAGUCAGAUGGAGCAGGCCAAGACAGAGCUCCAGGAGGCUGAGACUGCUGCAAAGAACAAACUUUCGGGUCUCCAUGAGCAGCUGAGGGGGGUGAAGGCAGAGCUGGUGAACGCCCAGGCGGAGCUCCACACCCUGAAGACCUACAAGGAUAAAGAGUACCCCGUCAAGGCCCUGCGCAUUGCAGAGAUAAAGAGAGAGAUUGAGAAACUCAAAGAGACACAGCAGGAUGAGAAUGAGGACGUGAACUUGCUGUGCCAGACAGAGAUAGUGUACCUGGAGAGACGAUCCCAACACGAAGAGCAGGAAGUCCUCUCUGUCAUAGCUAAGCAAAAUGUUUCAUAUAUUCCCUGUGUCGUCAAACUGAUGGCCGCACAUAAUCAGACGAUAAAAAAAGAAAUUGGAAUCCACAAAAAGGAAAUUGCGGAGCUGGAAGAUAAGAACAGAGAGCUGAUCAAGAGUGUCCAGGAACUGCAAAUAUCACGGACCAACAUCAGGAAAGACAUCUUUCAAGACGUUUUCCCCAAAUCAGAUAAGUAUGUCAAGAUGCACCCCGGAUAUGGAGGUGACCUUAAACAUCCCUCGUGAGGAGUGGCUCCCCAUUUAGAUGUGUGACAGACUAGGAGAGGCACGACUUGUGUGUCGCUCGGCUGCAUUUAAACCUGCUGGGCUCUUCUUGGCACAACCCCAGAAUUUCUGUUAUACUGAGUGCCCAUCUUCUCCUACUACAGUGCCCAAUCUUCUUAAACCAAGUUCUGCAUUGUAAUACCAGUCAACUGGGGCCAAUAAACAUUUGUGAACAUUUCUAAUAAAUACCUCCAUGGUUCAAU